AUGGACCACGCCCAAAACUCCGAUGAGCCACAUUUGAUAACAACAACCAACAUCAGAAAUGAAGCAGGACACUCUCAGAACGCCCGAUUUCCCCGGCGUCCAGGCCAUGGAGCUUCGGGAUUGCCUACGGUUCUGCGAGUGAAUUACUAUGAGUUGAAGCUGGAUCCUGACCUCCGCCUGUACCGGUACAACGUCGAAAUCUGUCCACCCGCCGAUGGCAAGGCAAGUACGCCUCGGUCGUGUUCCAUACCCAAGCAUGUCAUGCUUUCCCUGUUGCGAACACACUUUUGCCAGGAACAAUCCAACAUUGCGACUGAUGGCCGCCAAAGCCUUAUAUCGAGGCGUCGUCUUGCCCUUCCCGAUCAGCCCCUGCUUGUCCAUUCCAAUGCAGAGGAUACCUACCACCUCCGGGUCCGAUACACUGGCACCCUCGCAUCAGAGGAUCUUUUGGCUCAAUUAACCUCGGACCACAGAAAGGACAAGGAGGUUGGUCCCGGAGUGCCCACCAAAGAAGAAUUCAUUCAAGCCCUGAACAUCCUCAUCGGCCACUAUCCCCGGUAUGCGUCUUCCCAAUUCGUCUCAGUGGGAUCCAACAAGCAUUUCGACGUGGACAGUCCCAUCAGCCUGGGAGCAAGCCUGAACGCCUUGACGGGUUUAUUUGUGUCGGUUCAAAUCCCAGAUAAUCGGUUAUUGGUGAACAUCCAACCCAAGUAUGCUGCAUGCUACGAGGCGCAGCCGCUUGACCGGCUAAUGAUGACAUAUCUCCGUGACAAGGGCCCAGAUAUGGGCAAGCUAGCAGCGUACCUCCGAGGCCUGCGCGUCCAGCUUCUCCACUUGAGGCCGAACAUGAGGGGCGAGAGAUCUCUGCCACGGGUCAAGACGAUUGUGGGGCUGGCGAUGCCCGGGGACGGGAAGAACAUGACCUAUCCUCCUAUCGUGCGCCGUCCCGGUGGCGGAGCUCAAGAUGUUCAGUUCUUUCGAGAGGCUAGCUCAACUUCACAAUCGUGGACGGGAAGUCCGACGAAAAGGAAACGGUCGGCAUCGGAAGGGUAUACGACUGUGUCAAACUACUUUCGGGAAGCUCACCGAAUCGUCCUGCGUGAUCCGUAUCUUCCCGUGGUCAACACUGGGAGCCAGACCAAUCCAUCAUAUCUCCCUGCGGAAGUGUGUUGGGUCUUGCCCGACCAGUUAUCACGAACUCCACUCAGUCCGUUGCAUACUCGUCAGCUACUUCGAACGAUCGAGGGUAAUAACGGCAGGGAUGGGACCUGGGGCCAAAACAAUAGCAGGAACAGUCGGCAUUGGCAACAGGGUCUGACAAGGAGGAUCGAACGGCUUUUGGGGCCGCCUGAUGGUGUGGCAUGCUUGCGUUCCUUUGGAUGCUCUGUGAAUCACACAAUGAUUACUGUACCUGCGCGCGUACUCCCCGCGCCAAAGGUGAAUUAUGGUCAGGGAAAGGAGGUCCUGACUGAGGCGGCCACAUGGAAUCUGCAAGGGAUACAAUUCUUGACACCAGCACGUGUCAAAUGUUGGACCGCGAUAUCGAUCGUGAGCCGUAGGCCAACUAAAAAGUACGAUCGGCGGCUGAUGGAACGCGCACUGGCUGGUUUUCGUAACAAAUUAAUCGCUCUCGGCAUUGAAGGGUGCCCGCCACACGAACCCGGCGUCGAAGUGCAUAUGUCACCUUCGGAGACAUACCAGACAGGCCAGUGUGGCCCGCUGCAACAAAUUCACGGAUUUCUCCAUGCGUGGGGAGCUCAAGCCCGACAAUAUGGCAAGCAGUCCAUUUUUGUUCUAGUCAUUCUUCCAGAGCCGGACGAGACCCUUUACAAUCUGAUCAAGUACCUGUGUGACGUCCAGUAUGGUAUUCCUAACAUUUGCGUUGUAGGCGAGAAGCUCGUCCGUGCAAACGAUCAGUUUCUCGCCAACCUGGCCCUUAAAGUAAACCUCAAACUCGGGGGCUGCAACCAUAUGCUCAAGAGCGUUGGCACAAAGCUCGAGCGCACGAUGGUGAUCGGCGUGGAUGUGACACAUCCGACGAAAGAGUCCAGCUCCUCCAUUCGGCCUUCAGCGCCAAGCGUGGCGGCCAUGGUAGCAUCUGUGGAUGAUGGAGCCCUGGCCCACUGGCCAGCCGCUGUCGCCAUGCAGGAGCCAAGACAAGAGAUUGUGACAGGUAUAGACCGGUUGUUGAGCUCGCGACUACGUCUGUGGCAGGAACACAACAGUGGCACCCUGCCAGAGAACAUCCUGAUCUACCGCGACGGCGUCUCGAAGUCGCAAUACAAGGCCGUGCUAGAUAUCGAAUAUCCCCUCCUCCGUAAGGCAUGCGACGAAAUCUACGGCCCAAGGAAAGAGGCCCAAGGUGGUGGACCCGAUCCAAAACCGCGCAUAUCGAUUGUGAUUGUGGGAAAGCGCCAUCAUACGAGGUUCUACCCCGAUGAGGCAGGUCCCCCGGGACGCCUGAAUCCUCACAAUGGCACUGUUAUCGAUCGUGGAGUGGCGGAUGAGGGUCUAUGGGACUUCUACCUCCAAUCGCAUACAGCGGUGCGUGGCACCGCCCGGCCUGGCCACUAUGUUGUCAUUUAUGAUGAAAUAUUUCGACGCUAUCGGGGUGGGGAUGACCCAUUGUCUUUGGUAGCGGAUGAUCUACAGACGCUAACGCACGGUCUGUGCUACGGAUAUGGUCGAGCAACCAGGGUACCGAGCGUGGUCCCGCCAGUGCUCUAUGCAGAUCUGGUUUGUUCCCGAGUGCGAUGCUAUCUCAGCUACCUUCGUGAACGGGGACAAGAGGCACCCGAUCAGAUUCACCUCCAUCCUGCUAUUCGAGAUACCAUGUUCUAUAUUUGA